UGGGCCAGGCUCGGGCAAUGGGAUAUCGGAUCUCGGAAAAUCCGGCUCCGAUAGCUAUUCUAGCCACUCAGAGCGCAGUAUUUCCUGCUUAGCGAGGCGGCGAAAAGCACCUGGACUCAGUCGUCAACGUCAAUUGGAAAGAGCUCGGUUCGCGUGAGGCGAAAGUAUGAGCGAUUGACCGAAUCCAAAUCGGAGCUCAUCAAGCGUUCCCAUUUCCCCUUCGCAGACAACCCUCUCCACUCCAUCCUACCGAGACUAUCGUGUUCUAGCCAUUCUAUUCUUCUAAUCCCUCUUUUACACCCGGAGCCGGAGAAAAGAUGCUGGCGUCUUCAAGAAGGGUAGCCACGCUGGCUAUGAGAGCGAACCCGACAUCGCGCAUUGUCCCUCUCCAGUCCGUCGCCCCUAUCUCGACGACCUCGAAAAAGGAUGCCACAUCAGUGACGCCUCAUACAUCUCGCGAUCUCGCCGGCCCGCGAAAGGAGGUGCCGCUCGCGAGCCAAGAGCCCAAGAAGGGCGUCAUGCAAUAUGCCCUCACCACCCUCGAUCAAGUCGCCAACUGGGCCCGUCAGUCGUCCCUCUGGCCCAUGACCUUCGGUCUCGCCUGCUGCGCCGUCGAAAUGAUGCAUCUGUCCACACCGCGGUACGAUCAAGAUCGAUUAGGAAUCAUUUUCCGUGCCUCGCCCCGUCAAUCCGACGUCAUGAUCGUCGCCGGCACGCUCACGAACAAGAUGGCUCCGGCCCUGCGCCAGGUCUACGAUCAGAUGCCCGAGCCCCGGUGGGUCGUCAGCAUGGGGAGCUGCGCCAACGGAGGCGGUUACUACCACUACAGCUACAGCGUCGUCCGAGGCUGCGACCGCAUCGUCCCCGUCGACGUCUACGUCCCCGGCUGCCCUCCCACGAGCGAGGCUCUUAUGUACGGUAUCUUCCAGCUGCAGCGCAAGAUGAGACAGACCAGGAUUACGCGGAUGUGGUACAGGAAGUAGAGGAAGGGAGGGGGGAAAGAGAUCGAUACACGAAAGACCACCGUUUCAUUUGUCGAGGACCAUUGUACAUAUUUACGGUGUUCGAGUGUAUGCAACAGGAGUAGAAGCAUAAAUUCGUCGUUUCAGCCUCACCUUCGCCUUCUCCUGUAAUGGCAUAUAUAUAUAUACCACUUGGGGACGUCUUGCUCCAUGCUCAAAUCGAAUGUGCGACAUCUAGGAACAAUUGCGUCUACAUAUUCAUCGGCCAGAAAAGCUAUACUUUGAAUCUUAAUCUGAUUCUUAUAAUGAACGUGUGUCUUCGUUA